AUGGCUCGCCUCUCAACCCUGUGGCUAGCAUCCCUAGCCCUCACCUCCAUCCCCGGAAUAACCGCCUGGACCCUCGUCUGGCGCAACGAGACCACCUCCGCAGAAGUCAUCGACGGACAAGACGAACAAGACUGCACACAAAUAUGGCACGAAGCGGGCGAAGAGUUCUCCUUCGACCCGGAGGGCCCCUGGUGCGUCAAAUUCUACCACGACGCCCAAUGCGAUCGCAGCAACGGGCUCGACUGCAGCGGCCGCAUGUGGAAGCAAGACGCCAACCAGAAUAUCUCCGCCUUUAUCGUAUCCAGCAUGCCACCUGCUUCGGCGACUGCAGCGGGCUUUACGUCCGAUACGCCGACGCCGACGCCCACUCCGACUUCGACGACAAGUACCCAGAUGUCCUCGCCCACACCUACCGCUGACGCCACAGAGGAAGACGCCUCGAGCGACGACAAUGACCUCUCUGGUGGCGCGAUCGCAGGAAUCGUCAUCGGGGUUCUAAUUGCCGUCGCUCUCCUCUGCGCAGCGUCCUUCUACCUCGGCCGUCGCACGGGCAGAAAAGCAGCCACAGCAGCAGCAGCAGCCGCCGCCGCCGCUGCCGCAGGCGGAACAACCUCAACCUCUACGCAACAAGCACCACCAACAGACCCCUCCCCACCAUCCCGCUCAAACACGCACACAACCACGACCCAGAACCCACCACCGGCGCCCUCAUCCACAAGUCCAAGCACAAGCGUACCCAUCUACACUCCCCCUGACGCCGCCGAACUACCGAAACCACCCGUCUUUGAAACGAUCCCGCCAUACUCGCAGCCACAAGGGUAUACACAGCCGCCGAACGGGGUGCGCAUGGUUGAGCUUCCGGGACAGGAAUCUGGUGCUGAGUUGAGUAACUCGAGACAGGUGCAGGAGAUGGGGAAUCGGCAGAUACAGGAGCUUGAGGGGAGGGGGAUGGAGAAGUAUAUCCCGUAG